UCUACUCACUCUCUCUAAGAGAAUGGCAGGAACCGGAGUUGUGGCAGUCUAUGGAAACGGAGCAAUAACAGAAACCAAAAAUUCCCCAUUCUCCGUGAAGGUAGGUCUAGCCCAAAUGCUAAGAGGCGGGGUCAUAAUGGACGUUGUCACCCCUGAACAAGCCCGAAUUGCCGAAGAAGCCGGCGCCUGUGCUGUCAUGGCACUAGAACGAGUCCCCGCCGACAUCCGUGCACAAGGCGGUGUGGCACGCAUGAGCGACCCACAGCUCAUCAAAGAAAUAAAACAGGCAGUGACAAUCCCUGUCAUGGCGAAAGCGCGAAUCGGGCAUUUCGUCGAGGCCCAAAUUCUUGAAGCCAUUGGCAUCGACUAUAUCGACGAAUCCGAGGUUCUUACACCUGCUGAUGAAGAAAAUCACAUUAACAAGCAUAAUUUCCGCAUCCCUUUUGUUUGCGGAUGCCGAAAUUUGGGUGAGGCCUUGAGGAGGAUAAGGGAAGGUGCAGCAAUGAUAAGGACUAAAGGAGAGGCGGGUACGGGGAAUGUCAUUGAAGCUGUUAGGCAUGUGAGGUCUGUGAUGGGGGAUAUAAGGGUAUUGAGAAACAUGGAUGAUGAUGAGGUGUUUACCUUUGCCAAGAAAAUUGCUGCUCCUUAUGAUUUGGUUAUGCAGACAAAGCAACUUGGGAGGUUGCCUGUUGUGCAAUUUGCAGCAGGGGGGGUGGCUACCCCUGCUGAUGCAGCGUUGAUGAUGCAGUUGGGAUGUGACGGUGUGUUUGUUGGGUCUGGGGUUUUUAAGAGUGGGGAUCCUGUUAAGAGGGGGCGAGCUAUUGUGCAGGCUGUAACGCAUUACAGUGAUCCUGAGGUGCUGGCGGAGGUGAGUUGUGGGCUUGGUGAGGCUAUGGUUGGCCUUAAUUUGAAUGAUAAGAAGGUGGAGAGGUUUUCUAGUCGGUCGGAUUAGGAGGUGGGAUUUCGAUGGUUUCUUGGGGCGCCUCAAGGAAUCUUUUCUGAUGCAGCUGGUUUCAAGUCAUUCAAAAUUAGCCUACAAGCACUUGGCUACUUGUGUAUAAUAUUAUUUGCUAAGUGAGGAUCUCUCCAUUGUUCUGUAAUCUUUUUUAAUCCCAUACUAGGAACACCACAGAGAAAGCAGUCUAAUAAAUGUCCGUUUCUUUGUAAGAUUACUGUUUCUUGCUUUAAAGUAACCUUUUAUUUUUUAGGUUCUUA